CUAUUCCAGGCAGAGAUUUUCAGCCGCCAGCAGAUUUUGCAUUCAAUUAUCUCUGAUGGGCAGCACCUCCUAGAACAAGGACAGGUGGAUGACAGGGAUGAAUUUAAUCUGAAGCUGACUCUUCUAAGUAACCAGUGGCAGGGAGUAAUUCGCCGGGCACAGCAGAGGAGAGGGAUCAUUGACAGCCAAAUUCAUCAGUGGCAACGCUACAGGGAGAUGGCAGAGAAGCUGCACAAGUGGCUGGGGGAAAUAUCCUGCCAGCCAGUGAGUGGGCUGGGCAAUGGUCCUAUCCCACUGCAGCAAGCCAGAGCAAUGCUGGAUGAAGUGCAGCUUAAAGAGAAAGUUCUCCUAAGGCAGCAAGGGAGUUAUAUCCUCACUGUGGAAGCUGGGAAGCAACUGCUGCUUUCUGCUGACAGUGAAGCUGAGGCAGCCCUGCAGACAGAGCUUACUGAAAUUCAGGAGCGCUGGAAGAUAGCUAGCACCCAGUUGGAGCAACAAAAGAAGCAGCUUGCUUUACUACUGAAAGACUGGGAAAAAUCUGAACAGGGCAUAGGAGACUCCCUGGAGAAGUUGAGAUCAUUCAAAAAACAGCUUUCUCUGCCGCUGCCAGAACACCAUGAUGAGUUGCAUGCAGAGCAGAUUCGUUGCAAGGAGUUAGAGAAUGCUGUUGAAGGAUGGACAGAUGACCUUGCACAGCUCUCUCUGCUGAAGGAGACCCUAUCUCUGAAUAUCAGUGCAGAUGACAUCUCAAUCCUCAGUGAGCGCAUAGAGCUUCUGCACAGACAGUGGGAGGAGCUGUGCCACCAGGUCUCCUUACGUCGACAACAAGUUAGUGAGAGACUGAAUGAGUGGGCUGUCUUCAGUGAGAAGAACAAGGAGCUCUGUGAGUGGCUGACACAAAUGGAAAGUAAAGUUUCUCAAAAUGGCGACAUCCUCAUAGAAGAAAUGAUUGAAAAACUGAAAAAGGAUUAUCAAGAGGAAAUUGCUGUAGCCCAGAAGAACAAAAUCCAGCUCCAGCAAAUGGGAGAACGACUUGCUAAAGCCAGCCACGAGAGUAAGGCAUCAGAGAUUGAGUACAAACUUGGCAAGAUCAAUGACAGGUGGCAACAUCUCCUAGAUCUUAUUGCAGCCAGGGUAAAGAAGUUGAAGGAGACCCUUGUUGCAGUGCAGCAGCUGGAUAAAAACAUGAGUAGCCUGAGAUCUUGGCUUGCCCACAUAGAGUCAGAGCUGUCCAAACCGAUCGUCUAUGAAACUUGUGACUCUGAGGAGAUACAAAGGAAGCUAAAUGAACAGCAGGAACUUCAGAGGGACAUAGAGAAACACAGCACUGGAGUGGCAUCUGUUCUCAAUUUGUGUGAGGUGCUGCUUCAUGACUGUGAUGCUUGUGCCACAGAAGCGGAGUGUGACUCUAUCCAGCAGGCUACACGCAAUCUGGACAGAAGGUGGAGGAACAUUUGUGCAAUGUCAAUGGAAAGGCGACUGAAAAUUGAAGAGACGUGGCGGCUGUGGCAAAAGUUUUUGGAUGACUACUCUAGAUUUGAAGACUGGCUAAAAGUCUCUGAGAGGACAGCUGCUUUCCCAAGCUCCUCUGGUGUGCUUUACACAGUUGCUAAGGAAGAACUGAAGAAAUUUGAGGCCUUCCAGAGACAAGUGCAUGAAAGUCUGACCCAGUUGGAACUGAUCAAUAAACAAUAUCGCCGCCUGGCCCGAGAGAACCGCACUGACUCUGACUGCAGCCUCAAGCAGAUGGUUCAUGAGGGGAACCAGAGAUGGGACAACUUACAGAAGCGAGUUACCUCCAUCUUGCGCAGGCUAAAACACUUUAUUGGCCAGCGUGAGGAGUUUGAGACAGCGCGUGAUAGCAUCCUGGUAUGGCUAACAGAGAUGGACCUGCAGCUGACCAACAUUGAGCAUUUCUCAGAGUGUGAUGUCCAAGCAAAGAUAAAGCAACUUAAGGCUUUCCAGCAAGAAAUUUCACUGAACAACAACAAAAUUGAGCAGAUAAUUGUGCAGGGUGAGCAGCUCAUUGAGAAAAGCGAGCCCAUAGAUGCAGCUGUCAUUGAAGAAGAACUAGAUGAAUUGCGGCGUUACUGUCAAGAGGUCUUUGGACGUGUGGAACGCUAUCACAAGAAACUCAUCCGCCUUCCUCUGACAGAUGACGAACACGAGCUCUCUGAUAGAGAGGUGGAUCUCGAUGAGUCAGCAGAUCUCUCUGACAUACGCUGGCAUGACAAAUCUGCGGACAGCGUUCUCUCCCCGCACCCCUCUUCCAACCUUUCGCUGCCUCUUUCCCAGCCGGUGAGAAGCGAGCGAUCAGGGCGAGAUACCCCUGCGAGCGUGGACUCCAUUCCUCUGGAGUGGGAUCACGACUACGAUCUUAGCAGAGACCUGGAAACAGCAGUUUCACGGGCACUGCACUCUGAGGAAGAAGACAGAGGACAAGAGAAGGAUUUCUACCUGAGAGGAGCAGCUGGUAUAGCAGGAGAACCUGGUGCCCUGGAAGCACAUAUCCGACAGCUGGACAAGGCUUUAGACACCAGUCGUUUCCAAAUACAGCAAACAGAAAACAUCAUCCGCAGCAAAACACCUACAGGACCAGAGCUGGAUUCCAGUUACAAAGGAUAUAUGAAACUACUAAGUGAAUGCAGUGGAAGCAUAGACACAGUAAAAAGGCUUGGAUAUAAACUGAAGGAGGAAGAAGAAAAAUUGUCUGGACUUAUUAACCUAAACAGUACUGAAACACAAACAGCUGGUGUAAUUGACCGGUGGGAAUUAAUCCAGGCUCAAGCUCUAAGCAAGGAGUUAAGGAUGAAGCAGAACCUUCACCAAUGGCAGCAGUUUAACUCUGACCUUAAUAGUGUUUGGACUUGGUUGGGAGAAACUGAAGAGGAACUGGAGAAGCUCCGCCACCUUGAUCUCAGCACAGACAUACAAUCUAUUGAGCUCAGAAUUAAAAAACUGAAAGAGCUGCAGAAAGCGAUUGAUAACCGCAAAGCCAUCAUCUUAUCCAUCAAUCUGUGCAGCUCAGAGUUCACUCAGUCUGAGAGCGAAGAGAGCAAGAAGCUUCAAGAGCACCUGUCUCAGAUGAAUGUGCGCUGGGACCACGUGUGCAGUAUGAUUGAAGAUUGGCGCUGCUCAUUGCAGGAUGCGUUAAUGCAGUGCCAGGAUUUCCAUGAAAUGAGCCAUGGUUUGCUGCUUUGGUUAGAGAAUAUUGACAGAAGAAAAAAUGAGAUUGUGCCCAUCAGUCCAAACCUGGACUCAGAAACACUGCAGGAUCAUCACAGACUUCUAAUGCAAAUCAGACGUGAACUGCUGGAGUCUCAGCUGAAGGUGGCGUCACUGCAAGAUAUGUCCUGCCAAUUGCUAGUCAAUGCUGAAGGCAAGGACUGUCUUGAAGCCAAAGAAAAGGUGCACGUCAUUGGAAACAGACUGAAGGUCCUCUUGAAGGAGGUCACACGUCAUAUUAAAGACCUAGAGAAAAUUCUAGACAUUUCAAGUAGUCAACUGGAACUGUCUUCGUGGUCCUCUGCUGAUGAAUUAGACACGUCGGGCUCAGUGAGUCCUGUAUCUGGAAGAAGCACUCCAAGCAGACAGAGAACGCCACGGGGCAAAUGUAGUCUCUCACAGCCUGGACCCUCUGUCAGCAGUCCACAUAGCAGGUCCACAAAAGGUGGCUCAGGUUCCUCCCCUUCUGAGGCCAGGCCAGCGUGGCAGCACCCAUCCUUCUUCCUCAGAGUCCUCAGAGCUGCUCUGCCACUUCAGCUCCUCUUGCUGCUCCUGAUCGGGCUCACCUGCCUGGUGCCAAUGACCAAGGAGGACUACAGCUGUACUAUGGCAAACAACUUCGCCCGCUCUUUCCACCCUAUGCUAAAAUACAUGAAUGGUCCACCUCCGUUGUGAAGGAGACCUAUGAGACAGCGGGUGACCUCACUGGAGUGUUAGCUGGGAGGCAGGAUGGUUUUAAAGGGUGACAGGCUUUGGUGGGGC